UGUGUAGGUCAAAGGUACAGCUAGCCGGCAGAUUUCUUUGAGAUAUACCUACUGCAGCUGUAUUUUAAGAGAAAGGUCAAAGAGGAUAAUUGAAUUAUUAAACUUUAUCAGGUUUGCAAAUUUUACAUUCAAAAUGCCUAUCAAGUCCAUCAAAGCUCGUCAGAUCUUCGACUCUCGUGGUAACCCUACUGUUGAAGUUGACUUGGUCACAGAAUUGGGUUUAUUCCGCGCUGCUGUUCCAUCUGGAGCAUCAACUGGUGUCCAUGAGGCUCUGGAGCUCAGGGACAAUGUGAAGAGUGAAUAUCAUGGAAAGGGUGUCUUGACUGCAAUCAAAAACAUCAAUGACAUUAUUGCACCAGAACUCUUGAAACAGACCUUUGAAGUUACUCAACAAAAGGAGAUUGAUCAAUUCAUGAUCACCCUUGAUGGAACAGAGAACAAGUCAAAGUUGGGUGCCAAUGCAAUCCUUGGUGUUUCCUUGGCUGUGGCUAAGGCUGGUGCAGCUAAGAAAGGAGUUCCUCUCUAUAAGCAUUUAGCUGACUUGGCUGGCAACAGCAACAUUGUUCUGCCAGUCCCUGCAUUUAAUGUUAUUAACGGUGGCUCCCAUGCUGGCAACAAACUUGCUAUGCAAGAGUUUAUGAUCUUGCCUACUGGUGCUUCAUCCUUCAGUGAAGCUAUGCGCAUGGGUUCUGAAAUCUACCAUCACCUGAAGAAAAUCAUCAAAGAAAAGUUUGGACUGGACUCAACUGCUGUUGGUGAUGAGGGUGGCUUUGCUCCUAACAUUCAAAAUAACAAGGAUGCUCUGUUCUUGAUCCAAGAUGCUAUCAAACAAGCAGGUUAUACAGGAAAGAUUGAAAUUGGAAUGGAUGUAGCGGCCUCCGAGUUCUUUAAGAAUGGUACAUAUGAUUUGGACUUCAAGAACCCUAAAUCUAACCCUGCUGAUUACUUGUCCUCUGAGAAGCUUGCUGAAGUUUAUCUGGAUUUCAUCAAGGAAUUCCCAAUGGUGUCCAUUGAAGAUCCCUUCGACCAGGAUGACUGGUCCGCCUGGACAAACUUGACAUCUCGUACACCAAUCCAGAUUGUGGGCGAUGAUCUUACGGUGACAAAUCCCAAACGUAUUGCCACUGCAGUAGAAAAGAAGGCAUGCAAUUGCCUGCUACUCAAGGUUAACCAAAUUGGCAGCGUAACUGAAUCUAUUAACGCACAUCUUCUGGCCAAGCAGAAUGGCUGGGGUACUAUGGUCUCUCACAGGUCUGGAGAGACCGAAGACACUUUCAUUGCUGACUUGGUGGUUGGUUUGUCAACUGGUCAAAUCAAGACUGGUGCUCCUUGUCGCUCUGAGCGUCUGGCGAAGUACAAUCAGAUCUUGCGCAUUGAAGAGGAGUUGGGCGACAAAGCCAAAUACGCCGGAAAGAACUUCCGCAGACCAGUUUAAAUUUAUUUAAUAAAAAGCCAUAGAUGUUCUAGUAGAAAACUAUAUCUAGAUGUGCUCUUUCUUUUUAUUUUGGUUGCAUAUACCAAA